AUGAUCUUUGGUUUGUGUGCAGCUGCUCGGCCAAGGAAAUCUGUGCUCCUGACGCAAAAUACUUCUGUUGAUGUUGCUUCCAGAGUCCAUUUGCAGGUACUCCUGGGUGCUGGACUGGCACUUCUCUGCUUCUGUCUUCUCUUGGGUUGUGCUAUAUGUUGGCAGCGUAGCCGUAGAAGACAGUCUUCACUCAACAUUAUCAGUGGGGAUAAAGAUCUCGCACAGCAAAGAGAACAUGAGCAUGCAGACACACCUGUUAUGUCUGCUGCUGUGCCUAUACCACUGCAAUACCAAGACAUGGAUGGGGACAUCACUCCAAAAAGUGGGGAGGAUAUACCCAUUGAACAGGAUUUAAUGCCGAUUAGAAGUUUACAUUCAAGGGCUUCUCUGCCAAGCCUCUACCAGCUGUCAUCAAAAACAAAACGAGCCAUUCAGCGGCGUAGCACAAUUUUUAGUGAAUGCUCUCCAGGAGGAGAUCGUGCCAAGUUAGUAAGGAUUCCUCUCUCCCGCACUGAGCCCAGUGGACUCUCUGGAGUCAAACAAAAGUCCUUGCCACUUCUGCACUUUGCUUUGUGCUACUCACUGGAUGAGGAAAUGCUCACAGUAACUGUUACAGGCCUUACCAAUCUCCCCAAGAGAUUCCACCAGAAAAGAGACUCUUGGGUCAAAGCCUAUCUCCUGCCUGGGUUCAUAGAGCCAAGCUCAGGCCAAAAAGAAGGUCCAGAUGAUGGACAGAAAUUCUGCUUUUGUAGAUACAGUCCCCAGGAAUUGAGAGACCUUACCCUUCGCCUGGCAGUGUAUGCCCGGGAGAGGAACAACUUGAAAGAAGGAUUUAUUGGAGAAGUGUUGUUCUCCUGUGCCCACGUUAACUGGCAAGGGCAGGAGACAUCUGGUCACACAAAGGAGGUUUCUAUUGCAAAGACAAAGCUCAAGAAGAGUCUGAGUACCAUGGAUGUUCUCUGUGCUCCUGCAACCCAUGCCAAGUCCCUGGGCAAGAUAUACAUACUCCUGCAGUAUCAAAUGUUAGCAAAUCGCAUUAAAGUAAUGGUACAGAAGGCAGAAAACCUAGGAAAGCUCACGCGUAUUCCUGGUGCUGCAGAUCACUUUGUCAGCAUACGCCUUAUCCACAAUGGUCAGCUAAAGGAAAUGAAAGAGACAAGGUCAGUUUCUGGAUCCAGCCCUGUGUGGAAUGCCCCAUUCCUCUUUGUUGCCCCUCCUGGGGCUAUGCAGGAUCAGACCUUAUGCCUGGAGUUCCUGGUAAUGCAGGGCCGAAUUUACAGUCGUGGUCGUAUUCUUGGCCGUGUGAUUAUCGGUGCAGGGGCCACUGAAGCUGGUCUGGCUCAUUGGGAAGAGAUGUGUUUCAAGGGGCCGAUGGAGUGUGCCCGGUGGCAUGCACUGCAACCAGAUGUAUUCUAGAAUAUUUCUUCAUCCACCUGGUGGCUUACAUAUACCACGCAUCAAUGAACAGGCGCACCUGCUUUCUGUUGGACAGGGCAGGUACUGAUAGCAGAGAAAUGGCUUGAAUCCAAUGCAGCAUCUAAGAAAACUGGACUGCUCUGUGUUUCUCUAUUACAGUACUGUGGUCAUAUAAUAUAUAUAUGUAUGCAUUCAUUGAGGAAUAUAUGU